AUGAAAUUCCGGCCAGACUACUCUUUAGAUGUCAGCGAACUUGGGCUACUGUUCAUCAGGUACUGUGAUACCAUUCUCACGCCUUAUUUCAGUGGAAGCCAGGGCGACCUCGCCACCAGUAUUGACUCGACGCCACACCUGAACAGACUCGUCUACUCGCUUGGUGCAGCAUUGAAUGUGUCAAGCCGCUUCGAGUUCGUGACAUUCAUGAAGUCCCGUCUGGCCGUCUCGGCAACGAGCGAUUAUCUCAGCUCUGAGAGUAGAGCCGUCCUUCAGAUAUCUGGCUUCAUCGCUAACCACAUUGUCGACAAGUCCGUGGCGCCACCGCCAACGCCAAAGGAAUCUAAUCCUCGCUAUCUCCUGGAACUGAACGAAGUGGCGCCUUGGAGAAUGAACGCAGAGGAUGAUGGAGGACCCACGCCGCUGCUGUCAUCCGUUAGCUACCCUCCCGAGUCCGAGACUCAUGAAGCCAAGCCAUACCUAUGCACGCGUCUGAUGCACUUGUUGACCAUACAGUGCAAUCAGAAAUUCGCCAAUACGUACCACUUAGCGCGCCACGAGAAUAUCAUGCAUGAGGGUGUCCCAGCGCAAUGUCCUUACUGCAAGAUCAGCCCAACGCUGCUCAGUCGGAGCCUACUCGAAAGACAUCGAUUCGCAAUCCAUCCGCAAGAGCAAGUGGUCUCGGAGCAAUCGUGGAGCUGGCGCUGUGCACAUACAGGUUGUUCUUCCCAGUGCGCCAGUCACAACGACCUACUUCAGCAUGAGCGGGAAGUACAUGGACGCCCGGUCGAGUCUCAAGGACCCCGAAAGGACGUCGCCUUCUCUAUCGAACCUCUGCCGACACAGGGUGUAAUUGAGACUCACGACGAAGCGUUUGGAAAAUUGCAAGCCAUUGCGCUACUUGCUGAGGCCGCAGGUACGGAUCCUCAGAUGAAGGUACUCAUAGGCAUGGUCGCGCAAGGUACUGCCGAUGGAGCACAGGUCGAGCAAUUGAAGAGGCGCUUAGAACAAGCAGAGCAAGCAGUGAAGCGUCGAAAAUUGAGUGGUGAUACUCGGCGAACUGGGUCUGAGCACUCCCAAGUCACUCAACCUUUCGCUCUAGACUUCACGAAGUUGGACUUCCCGGCGGGUUUAUAUAACUCCGAGACAGAAAAUGCGUUGGGCGUUGUCUAA